CCGCACCCUCCGAAACGAAUCGUUUCCCGAGUAUACCUACCACGAUGCUCGCACAGCGCCAGAUCGCUCGCGCUGCGCAGCGCUAUACAGCGCAAUUCCGUGCCCAAGCUCAGCGUCGUUUCGCCAGCACCCAAGAGAACGAGUUCAUCCGCGAGCGCCGCCACGUCAAGGAGCACGCUGGCGCCACCACUGAGCUGUGGCGCAAGAUCUCCCUUUACGCCGUUCCCCCCGCCCUACUCCUCGCUGGCCUCAACGCCUACAAUCUCUGGAACGAGCAUUGGGAGCACUGGUCUCACAUGCCUCCUCUCGAGGAGCGCGUCGAGUACCCCUACCAGAACAUUCGCACCCGGAACUUCCCCUGGGGUGACGGUGACAAGACCCUUUUCUGGAACGACAACGUCAACUACCACAACAAGGACAAGAGCACGUAAAUGGGCUGAUCCAUCUGUCCGUCGGAUGGGGGGUUGGGGUUGUCCCAUGUAUACAGGGAGCGAGUAGACGAUUGAGAACGGACAGGCAUUCUGUACAUGUUUCCUAGAGUUAAAGAAUUG